GCUGCAAUAGCUGCCGCGCCUCUGCUCCCUCCCUCCCUGCACAAUUAGCCAAUCAGAGGAAGCCCCUCGCAGAAGGCACAAAAGGAGAACAUUGCAGCACAGACAAGGAAGGAGGAGGCAGAGGGAGGCGCAGGGGAUCCCGCACACGCGCACACACACACACACACACACACACACACACACACACACACACUCGCACGCACGCACGCACGCACACGCACCAGGACCAGAGUCCUCCGGACACGCCCUGCCGAGGAAACACUACCAUUCUCUCUGCUGAAGGCUCGCCCACGCUGGUUCGCGAGGAAGCCGUCCUCCACCGUCACCUUCAACAGAAACGCUCCUCUUCUUCACCCGAGCGAGAAAACACACCGCAGUCCCAGGGGCUGACCCUUCCCUUCAGAAGACAGAUUUUUUUUUUUCUUUUUUUCUUUUUUUAAUUUUAAAUUAGGUUGGUUGGCUUUUUUUUUUUUUUUUUUUUUUUUUAAAUAACAAAAGAGAAGAAAAAAAAAUUGAAUUAAAUUAAACUAAAUAAUCACAGAAGGAAACAAGAUCCUGCCAAUCGAAGGACCGAAAUCUCCACCAUACUGGUGCAUUAAGAAUGGUUACACAGAUAAUCAGCACCAUGGAGACUCAGGUGUCUAACGGUCCCGCCGCCAACUGUCUCUCCAACGGGCCCGUUUCCACGGACGACAGCAAAACCAACCUGAUCGUCAACUACCUGCCCCAGAGCAUGACCCAGGAGGAGUUCAAGAGUCUGUUCGGCAGCAUCGGGGACAUCGAGUCCUGCAAACUGGUCAGAGACAAGAUCACAGGUCAGAGCCUGGGCUACGGCUUCGUGAACUACGUGGAUCCCAACGACGCGGACAAGGCCAUCAACACCCUGAACGGGCUGAAGCUGCAAACCAAAACCAUCAAGGUGUCCUACGCCCGGCCGAGCUCUGCCUCCAUCCGCGACGCUAACCUCUACGUCAGCGGCCUGCCCAAGGCCAUGAGCCAGAAGGACAUGGAGCAGCUCUUCUCCCAGUACGGGCGCAUCAUCACCUCUCGAAUCCUGGUGGACCAGGUCACAGCAGGCAUAUCGCGAGGCGUGGGCUUCAUCCGGUUCGACAAGCGCAACGAGGCGGAGGAGGCCAUCAAGGGCCUGAACGGGCAGAAGCCGCUGGGCGCCGCCGAGCCCAUCACCGUCAAGUUCGCCAACAACCCCAGCCAGAAGACGGGCCAGGCGCUGCUCACGCAGCUGUACCAGACCGCUGCGCGCCGCUACACGGGACCCCUGCCCCACCAGACACAGCGCUUCAGACUCGACAAUUUACUAAACGCCAGCUACGGAGUGAAGAGCUCUGCCUCUCUGCUCCCCAGGUUCUCCCCCAUCACCAUCGACAGCAUGAGCAGCCUGGCGGGGGUGAGCCUCACGGGGCCCACGGGGGCCGGCUGGUGCAUCUUCGUCUACAACCUGUCCCCCGAGGCCGACGAGAGCGUCCUGUGGCAGCUGUUCGGGCCCUUCGGCGCCGUCACCAACGUCAAGGUGAUCCGCGACUUCGCCACCAACAAGUGCAAGGGCUUCGGCUUCGUCACCAUGACCAACUACGACGAGGCGGCCAUGGCCAUCGCCAGCCUCAACGGCUAUCGCCUCGGCGACCGCGUGCUGCAGGUGUCCUUCAAGACCAGCAAGCAGCACAAGGCCUGAGGCGCGCGGCACAAGGCCUGAGGCGCGCGGCACAGAGAGGGAUUCAUCGCCACAGCCCCUUAAACCUGCAGGGCAGCUGCCAGGCUUCCUGUGUAUCCACCCUACGAGACUGACACACACACACACACAUUUACACACACACACACACACACACAUUUACACACACACACACACACACACAUUUACACACACACAGACACUCACACGCUCGCUCGCUCACUCACGCUCACACACACACAUACACACACACACACACUCAUGCACACACGUACACUCGCACAUGCACACGCAUACAGACACUCGCACAUGCACACACGCUCGCAUGCUCACGCACACACUCUCACACACAGAAACACACUCAAAGGUAGUGUUCUUUUUUUUCUUUCUCUCUUCACACCACACCUUCCUUAUGUUUGUUUGUAUUGAAUUAUCAAUACCUAGUAUGCAUAAGGGUGUGCAGUUCCACAUUUUGUGAGAAACGGGGGUGUGAAAGAAGCUCAAAUAUAGGCAAAAAUUGAGAACCUGGACACUGCUGAACAAGCAAGGCAAAUAUGUAAUACUGACCCUGCAGACACCACCUCCUGUUCCCCCGAUCACGUUAGGACGCUUCCAAUCGAUGACCUUUUCAAAUGGGAUAUACACAUACCGACUGGGCAUGUAAGAUGGUUAUUAGUCUGUGAGCAGUUUUUUUUAGACAGGCUUUUACUGUCCAAUCAGGGCAGCCUGGACUAAUCUGUGUCAGAUUUAACAAAGACCACGCCUACACCACACACACACACACACACACAGGGAGUGGAGUAAGAUAUCAGUUCCACUUGUACAAGCAAACAACAUAAAACACACACACGUACACACACACAUAAGCCUCGUGCUAACACACACAGCCUUUAGCUCUGUCUCACACAUAUAUCCUCUAUUGAGGAUGCUAUCAAGAAAACGAAGGGUGAUUCGGUUCAUAAGAUUCGCACGUUACGUUUCGAUGCGCUUUUUAUGCUUAGAAAUAAGAACACGCUGUACCUACAACGAGGUCGGUAACAGUGUUCCCAUGGUUACAGUCUAAACGUGUAAUCCUGGAGUAAACAGAAAAAUUACACCACGACAAAGGAUUCACCCAAAAUGCACUGGGGUUACACCAGAACAUACCGUUUGCCCUAAAAUACCACGAUCACACCAGAACAGAGCAUUCACCCACAAACACACAGCCAUCAUAGCAGAACAUAGCAAUUACCCUAAAAUAUUACAGCAAUUAGACCAAAACUUCAUGAUUAUGAAGUGACACUGAUUAGACUGCAAUUUUAAGUUUUUGAAAGUUAUGAUCUGUCUGUGGUAUAGUGUCAUUAUUUAAACUGAAAAUUUGUGAUUUUGAAUUCAUAAAUUGCCAAAUGCUGUGAUGGUGAAUAGAAUAAUCCAGAACAGUUUGAGGGCCAAAGUACCUUCACCACCCACCCCCCACCCCCCAAAAAAAAAACAUCCAUAGCCCCAUCCACUCGAUCUACAUCCACCCUAUGUAAACCCACAUCCAUUCUACAUCCACUCUAUCAACAUCCACCCUAUUCACUCCCAUAUCCACCUCAUUUACAUCCAGUCUAUCUACCUCCACCCUAUCUAGACCCACAUACACUCUAUUUACAUCCACCCUAUGUAGACCCACCUCCACUGUACAUCCACUCUACUUACAUCCACCCUAUGUAGACCCACCUCCACUCUAUUUACAUCCAGUCUAUCUCCAUGUACUCUCAUAUGCGCUCUAAACACUCACUUUCUGAUUCUACACACACCCUUCUAACAUCUGGACAUCCACCCUCCAUCCUUCCACUCCAAAUCAGAACUAAAACAGUCAUUGAAUUCAAUGUAAUAUAAUGAAUUAAAGCAUAUAUAAAUCAGUCCAAAUUCUAAAUGUAAAAAGCUAAAAUAAAAAAGACCAGGCUGCCAGUUGUAUUUCCCUUUUAUAAAUGAUGAGUUCACCAAAGAGGACAAUGAUCAAGAGAGAAGAGAUAAGAGGGCCAGGAAGUACAAAAUACAUCUAUUUUUAUAAAAACGAAAUGAAAAGACCUUGAAUUUUUACUGAUUUUUAGCUGAAAAAUAUUUUCCAGUGGAUGUUUAUUCAUUCAUUUUUUAAAUGAUGGAAAGGUAGGGGACAGACUGACAGAUCAAAAAAGUAGCAGAGAACAGACAAAUAAUAAAAAAUAAAAAAGCUUUGAUAAUAUGUUAAAAUCCCUGGCAAAAACUGCAGAGCAAUACCCACCCCCACCAGAAAAGUAAAUUUAGUCAUCUGCUAUUUUAAGCAUUGCUUUGGCUCACGCCAUAUCCUUUCACGGUUUUUUGGGAAAAAAAACAAAUGUCACGACUUUAGUAUCUUUAGUGACUAAGAUAAAAAUAAGUUGUUUUAAAUAUUUCUACAUCACCGCUUCGCCAUUUUACACUGGGAGAAAAUAAUAAGCCUUCAAGAUUUCAUUUUUAAAACCUUUAUUUUAUCAAACCUAAAUACCAUCUCAAUUUUAAAAUACACAGGCAACCCAGGGGUUUAGAACCAACCGGUGUUUCUACAGAACUGUGUUGAUGUGAAAUGUAACCAAAUAUAACUCUCGUCAGUCAUAAUUGCUCAAGGAAGAUCAGCGCCACCUAGUGUCCUGUUUAAGAAAAGCCUGACAAGUACGUUUACCAAUCCAAGAGCUUAACAUGCAAGCGUUUGGUCAUUUUUCUUUGCAGUUAGACUGCAAAAAAUACAGAAUUGCGACUUUACCUUCCGAAGCCCUGAGUACACGCAUUUCUCACCCCGUAAAUACAGACUCACACAAACACUCUCUUAUACUCCCCGACCGUCUCUCCCAGACGCACACACUGUACUAAUAUCUCACGCACACGUACACACACACAGUUUCAGGUUUUGUUGGCGGAGGAAUUCUUCGCGGUGAAGUGCGGGAGAAACGCGCUUGUUGAAGCGUGGCCUCAGCAGGCCACCGCCCGCAGUAAAUACCGCACCGUCUCGAGGACGCUGCUGAAGCUAGCGUAGCGUACCGCGGCGCUUGGGCAGUGAUGAUGGCGAAUCGUCACGGCACUUUUCAUACACAACAGCGAGCGUCACGUGCUUCUUUUAUAGACUGAGAGCAUAAAAUAUAAAUAUAUAUUUUUUAAAAAACAAAUUAAAAGGUCAUGCUGAAAUAGUGGAAAAGUGAAAGUAUCAAAUGUAAAAAAUAAAAAAAAAUAAGAAAACAAAACAGACAAUACAAAAAGGGAAAAAAUUAAUACUCAUUAAAUAACUUUUUAAAAGGCGUUAAUAAUACAAACUUAUGUCCACUGAAACAGUUCCAAUGACUGUAUUCUGAUCAGACACAGCUGAAACUGAGAGAUUUUCUAAAAAAAAAAAAAUUAAUUAAAAAAUCAGAUGUUUUGAUUAAAGGGAGCAACAGCAAAAGGCUGGAAGGGACAACUUAAAUAUUCAGUUUCCACCCAUGACCAUUUCAGAAAACAAUACUUUUCCUUUAAGAUAUUGGGGUUUUUUUCCAUAUCAGAUUCAUAUGUUGAUUUUUUAGCAUUUUGUGUCACUCAUUCGUAAGUCCAGUACCUUACUGCAUUGCUAUUUAUCGGGUACCAGUUUUCAAUGACUUCAGUUUCAUUAUUUAAAAUAUAAUUAGUAGUCGUUUUUAGUGUUUGCAGACUUUAGAAUUAGUUAGAUUUUUUUUUCAAUUCAGAUAUGUUGGAUUGUGUUUGUAAGUCUGUGGUAGCUUUUAUUGCAACAAAAAUACAAAAUAGCGCCACCAAACUUGUAUCAUUUUGGCGACUUUUAACUUGUAGUUUUAACUUAUUGUUAACUUAAAAACUAUUUAUUAUUGCCUCGUAUAAAAGUAUGUUUUGUGUAUAUUUAUUGAUUAUUUCAUUAUAUUUGCAAGUUUAACUGACUUUAAUUUUGCCAAACUGUGGUUACACUGAUGUUUUCUUCAGAGGGGACAAAAGGUUUUUAAAAUUGAGAGUUAAGAGAUUCUCCCCAAACAGGGUGGACUGAAUUAAAGAACAGAAAAGUGUGUUAACGCCCAAUUCUGUUUUCUGGAGAUUAGGACCUUACCACCAGUUUUUGGUUUGUCUUGUGAAAUCAAAGCCUGUUGAUUUUUUUCAUCACUCAUGCUGUAAGAAAUUAUUUCGUUUUGUUUUCCAAAGCACUUUCAGAAGCCCAGUUUAGGGGCCUGGGGCUCCCCCUGCAGGCAGGCCUGAGAAGCGCUCUCCUUCCUGCCACACGCCCAGCUUCACAAGGAGGGGACAGACAUAUCAAAGGGACAGGGAAAAUGAGGGGACAGACAUAUCAAAGGGACAGGGAUAAUGAGGGGACAGGAAUAUCAAAGGGACAGGGAAAAUGAGGGGACAGACAUAUCAAAGGGACAGGGAUAAUGAGGGGACAGGAAUAUCAAAGGGACAGGGAUAAUGAGGGGACAGGGAUAAUGAGGGGACAGGGAUAUCAAGGGACAGGGAUAAUGAGGGGAUAGGGAUAACAAGGUUCAGGAACAGGAAGGUUAGGAAGAAAAAGGGGAUAGCAAGAGGACAAAUGAGGCAACAAAGGGAAACGAGGGAGGAGUACUGAGGGAACAGAGACAAUUAGUGAAUGAAGAUAGCGAGGGGGCAGACAGGGAAGGAACAGGGUAAGUGGCAGAAAGGAACUCUGAAGGUCAGUACUUCCUGCAGGUCCUUUUCAGUUUCCUGUCACUUCUUCAGUAUUCGGGGGGAAGGGACCAUGCUACUUUUCUCUUCUCUUAACAUUUACAUUGGACUGCAAAACAAAACAAAAGGCAACAGUCCAGAUGGAGCUGAUAUCCGAAGACACAAAAACCAGAAUAAAAAAUACUUCCAAACACGAUCAAGUGACGACGAUGUAACAGAAAAGAUUAUCCUUCGGUUCCGUCUUUUCCAUUAAGGAUCUUUAAUACUGGGAUUUCAGGUGAAGACACUUGAGGACUUUUUCAUGAGAUUGUUUAAUUAUUUGUACUUUUCAUGCCAAAAAAAUUGAAAUAAAAGUUACAGAUCUGAA